AUGAGCAAUGCAAUGGUGUUGCUUGAGGGUAUCGGAUAUAUAGAUGAUGAUGAUUUAGAACAAUUUAUCGAAAACGAGACAACAAAAUAUCAAGACACUUACAGAGACAUUGUAUCAACAACCGUUGAAGAAGUAAAAUUAUAUGCAGAAGAAAUGAAAAGAAGAAAGAGUGAAGAUAUCAUCACAACCAAAAAGAGGAAAGGAAGAAUAGAAAAGAUUCCAAACACUUGCCAUUUAUCAACGUAUGGAAUUUGGUUAUGGCAUGAUAAUGACUUGUGUGCACCGCCUUAUCUAUUCCUCAUCAUUUUUAGUUAA